UCCUUUUGCCCCACCAAAACCACAAAUUAUGUCCCUAUAAAAACAUCAUCUUCCCGCCAUUCCUAAACCCUGACAUAAACCCUAGCCCCCAUUUCUCUGUAUCCCCAACAAUGGAACCUCAAACACAUACCAAGAACCCUAACCUCGUACUAAUCCUAGAUUAUGGUUCUCAAUACACCCACCUUAUAACUCGUCGAAUCCGAAGUUUAUCUGUAUUCUCUCUGUGUAUCAAUGGCACGUCUUCUUUAAACGCCAUUAAAGAACUGAACCCACGUGUCAUUAUCCUAUCAGGUGGACCCCACAGUGUGCAUGCUGACGGGGCACCAUGUUUCCCAUCUGGUUUUAUUGAGUAUGUUGAGAAAGAAAAGAUAGUUGUUCUUGGUAUUUGUUAUGGGUUGCAAUUGCUUGUUCAGAAACUUGGUGGGGUUGUUAACAUUGGUGACAAACAUGAGUAUGGGAGAAUGGAAAUUGAGGUGAAUAAUAAUAAGGGGUUGUUUGGGAAUAAGGAGGUUGGUGAUAAACAGGUUGUUUGGAUGAGUCAUGGUGAUGAGGCUGUGAAAUUGCCCCAAGGUUUUGAGGUUGUUGCGAGGAGUAAUCAGGGUGCUGUUGCUGCUAUUGAGAAUCGCGAAAGGCGGUUUUAUGGGCUGCAGUAUCAUCCUGAGGUGACGCACUCGAUUGAAGGGAUGGAAACAUUACGACACUUCCUAUUUGAUAUUUGUGGGGUUACAGCAGGCUGGAACAUGGAAGAUGUUCUGGAGGAUGAAAUAAAAGUUAUUAAAGCCAUGGUAGGACCUGAAGAUCAUGUCAUUUGUGCUUUAUCUGGCGGUGUUGAUUCCACUGUUGCAGCUACUGUGGUACACAAGGCUAUUGGAGACAGGCUUCACUGUGUUUUUGUUGAUAAUGGUCUAUUAAGGUAUAAGGAGCAAGAAAGGGUGAUGGCAACCUUUGAGAGUGACCUCCAUUUGCCUGUUACCUGUAUUGAUGCUACAGAAGAAUUUCUCAGCAAACUAAAAGGUGUAACAGAACCUGAAAUGAAAAGGAAAAUAAUUGGGAAGGAGUUCAUCAACAUAUUUGAUAUUUUUGCCCGUGAUUUGGAGAAAAAAGUGGGAAAGAGACCUACUUACCUAGUCCAAGGAACCUUGUAUCCUGACGUAAUAGAGUCUUGUCCCCCACCUGGAAGUGGAAGAACACAUUCUCAUACGAUCAAGAGCCAUCAUAACGUUGGCGGGCUCCCAAAGGACAUGAAGCUGAAGCUCAUCGAGCCACUGAAACUUUUAUUCAAGGAUGAGGUUCGUGCAUUGGGAAAGAUUAUGAAUAUACCUGUGGCUUUUCUUAGGCGCCACCCGUUUCCUGGGCCGGGACUCGCUGUCCGAAUUCCAGGAGAUGUCACAGCUGGGAAUUCCUUGGAUAUUCUUCGUCAGGUUGAUGAGAUCUUCAUUCAAUCAAUCAAAGAUGCUGGAAUCUAUGAUGAAAUUUGGCAAGCUUUUGCUGUCUUCUUACCAGUGAAAACCGUUGGAGUACAAGGAGACCAAAGAACACAUUCCCAUGCUGUUGCACUUAGAGCAGUCACAAGUCAAGAUGGAAUGACCGCAGACUGGUACUACUUUGAUUUCAAGUUCCUCGACGACGUAUCAAGAAAGAUUUGCAACAGUGUUCGUGGUGUAAAUCGAGUUCUUCUGGAUAUUACAUCAAAGCCUCCAUCAACAAUCGAGUGGGAAUGAUUUAUUCUAAAGAAUGCCAUAUUUGGCGAUGAUUCUAGGAUUCUUUUGCUUCUCUUUUUAUUGUUGGGGGUGCGAAAGUGAGGGUGCAAAACAGGAGGUGGGCAAGUCCAUAAAACAAGUUUAGGUCCUUUUGUUGUAUGGUAGAACUUGUUCUUUUCAAGGGAAGUGCUCUCAACGUUUUGUAUUUUCCUGAUUAUAUUGAUGCCAAUUUUACUCAAAA